AUGCGCAGGCAUUAAACAAUAACAAAAAGGAAAAAGGAUGCAGGAGCUGUACCAAGCGAACGCUGUUUAAUAUUGCUUUUACAAAGAAUAAUUCAACAAAAAAUCUUAACACUACGAAUUAUAUUUAUAUAUAAUAAAUAACUAUAAUUUUAGCUAAACCAUAACACAGCACGCUUCCUAGUAAAAUGAGAGAAACGUAUGGACCAGACUUUGAUGAUCAUCUGAUACGCUUGGUACGAGACAAUCCGGCCAUUUAUGAUGUCAACCAUGAACACUACAGGCGAUACCAAGUUAGAGUCGCAAUCUGGGAACGUAUUGCUGCUGAGAUGCGAACCCCAUCUAAAUUUCUUCAAACGAAAUGGAAGAAUAUACGAUACAAUUACUUGCAAGAAAUCAAGAGCUUGGAGACCGGAUUGGCAAAUGCAAAUAUACGUAAACGACGAUUUACUGAAGACUUAUCGUUUCUGCAGAAUACAGCGCAAACUUACAAAAAGGGAAUGUUUAUGAACUCAUCAUACAACAGCUCUGAUAACGAUAGCAACAGCUACUUAUAUACGGACCCUCAGAACGCCAGCACUUAUGAAAUUAUUGAAAUCGAUCACAGCGACGAUGAUACCACAGCGAUGGAGUACGAUGCUAGUGAUUAUAACGUUGAUGCCGUUAUGCAGACACCUCAAUUUCGUAAGCACGACAAAUUGUCUUUAACAACGAAUAAUUAUUCUUAUGGUGAUGAUCAACUGCUUACUGAGUUGCCUGCCUCAAGCAAAUCGGAAAAGGCAAAAGAACCACAGCCAGAUGUAACCAUUGAACAGAAGGUGAAACUAACACCGCCUCAAAAGGCCUUCGUAGCUCCUGAAAAUGAUAAUCCAAAUGCGCAAAUGGCAAUAGCCCCCCCAUCACCGUUGCAAUCAAAUGAUUCAAGCCCGUCACCGUUGCUAACUCCAAUUGUUGUUAUGGGUAAUGAACAGAAGUUUGCUUCUAAUGGUGAGAUAUCUUUGAAACCCAUACCAAAGCAAGCAGUUACCGCACCAAUACAACGACAUAAAAGUGGUGUUAUCGAUGUUGAUAAGGGGACACCACACGACAUCGUGUCAAAUGCUACAAAGCGGAAAUCAAUGCCCGCUCCUUUUCCAGUUCUAACGCCUAUUAAUGAUCCCAUCGAGCUAUACUGUCUCUCGCUGGUAGACAGUUUGCGUAGCAUGCCGCGUGCAGAGCGGGAGCGAGUUAAGUUCGAGUUUGCUAAAAUACUUAAGGACGCCAAGUAUAAGGAUCAAAGUUAGUCAAUAAAACAAAAACGAAAGUUACUGAAAAAGUAAUCAUAUAUGUUGCGCUCGACUUUGAAAGCAACACUUUGCUAUCUAUGUCCCUUCAGUAUUGUCUGCUUUAAUAUUCAUAAAUACAAUAUUAGUUGCACAGCAUGAUUGGCUCUUACAUUUUAUUUUAUAUUGCUCGCUUCAGAAAUCUGUGUAAUACCGGAACUGCUUGCAUUAAAAUACUUCUGACUCAAAUAGGUAUUUCUACACGGUUUUUUGCUGUCGUCAAUCUUGCAGUGCAACUACAAUAUUGCGUUCACGAAUAAUCCCUUAAUUUGAAGCUGGUGAAUCUGAAUAAUGAACUCUUGCAUAUAAAGCAUGCAUACCAGGAAAGUUUAUUACAAUUAAAUAAUUUGAUUUUCCAUAAGAAAUUUAAAUAACACCGUAAUGUAAAACCUAAUUGUGGCAUUUAAUUGCAAUCAGAUUAUUAAGUAUCAAAUAAAAUUAAAGUGUACUCGUACAAAAAACCAUCUCAAUAAAAAAGCGCUUUAUGUUUUUUAUCUUUA